AUGAAUAUCAAGAUAAACCAUCCGCAUUACCGACCAGCUGAUUUUCAAUCUUAUCCUGUUGCACAAAGAAAUGAAGACAAUGCGUUGUCAUCUCCCCAUCAUCUCCCCAGUGAUGCUACUAGUGCCGUAAACACGGGGCAUGCGUUAAAUCGUGAUAGUAAUUAUUAUAAUUAUUCAAGUAAAGGAUUCGAGCAUACAUCUUCUGCUGAAUAUCAAAAACCGAAUUAUCAGAACACCAUUGGUGGUGGUGGUGGUGGUGAUCCGUAUAACCGUGAUAAUAAUGCACAAAGAAAUGAAUCUUACGGCUAUCAUCAAGCAAAGCAAAUAUCAAGAGACAGUAUGCCUGCUUUAAAUAAUAAUGAACGCAGUACAGCACCCUCUUUAUUUCCAUCAUCAUCUGUAAGAAGUAAAGAUGUCGAGAUGAAGCUGCAGGCUGGACGUGAAAAUGAGUUGAACCCGAGCAGUUCUUCUUUUAAUCAGCCUUUCACCCCUCAUCAACAGAUAUCGUCUGGUCAUCAAAUGUCUACGAAACAAUCACCUAAUACGUUUGUACAACAACAACACCAACACCACCAACAGCAGCAGCCGCCUCACCACCACCACCAACAACAACAGCAACAACAAUAUUCCCCUCCAGUGUCAAAUACUCAACGUCAUUUUGAAUUUACAUCUGGUGCAGUGUAUGAUUCCUCAUCACUACAUUUACCAAAAUCUCUGUCAUCUUCAUCACCGAGUAAUCGUUACCCUUCAACUGCACAAUCAUCACAUGCUUACGCUGAUGAUGAUAAUAAUGAUAAUGAUAAUUUAAGAAAGUUAAAUUCAACUUCAUAUUCACCACAACAUCAUUCUACUCUUCCUAGUUCAUAUAAUAAUACUAAUUAUCAACCAGCUAGUGGAAAUAAUACUUUCUUUACUCCUAUACCUCAUACAGAUUCACAGACAGAUAUUUCAUCUACUGGUAAUACUCAACAAGGAUUUGAUUAUUUUGCAAAUAUUCAAAGUAUACAAUCACGUUCACGUACAGUUUCUGGUACUUCGGAACACAGUACCGGUGGUGCAACUAAUACUUCAACUCCAUUCAAUGAUAAAACAACAGGUGCUGUAAACUCAAGAAAUAAUAGUAGUCUUACUCGUUCACGUGAAAAUUCCUUUGGAAAUGAUCGUCACUAUCAACAGCAAUUGCAGCAGCAGCAACAACAAUCACAACAGUUCUCUAUGAACAGUACAUCACAGGGAACAAUGCGUUUCUCACAUUCGAUGCCUAUGAAUCAACAAUCAACAACUAGAGAAGAUAUAAAAGAGGAUUAUAAUACUGAACGGCUAUCUGAGGAAAAAUCCAAAGAACAAGGCACUAUGGAUAAUAAAAAUCAACAACAAUCGAAAGAUGGUUGGCUUUCAGGUUGGUUUGGUCGUUUAAAGAAAAAUGGAGCCAAGAAUAUCCACUUGCCAGAUGAUUCUAAGCCUUCUAUCGUAUGGGAUGAUCGCCUCAAACAAUGGAUUGAUGUCAAUGAUCCUGAAGGCAGUGAAUCGAAUAAAAUUCCACCUCCCCCGCCAGCAUCUUCAUUUCUACCAAAACUGAUCAAGAUGAAAUGCUCAAAACAUCAAAUUCUUCACAAUUAUUCCCUUCAACUCUGUCAAAUUCUCCUCCUGCUGCAUAUUCUUCUUCUUCAUCAUCACGUCUUAGUAGAUAGACAUAUUUCUAUAAUUCUAACACUGUAUAGUGGUGUGGCUAUACGCAUAUGA